GCCAGUUACAGCCUAACCACCAGCAGCGAUGGACAUCUCCUUGCUGAUAACUGCAAUCGCACUCCUCGUCGGGUACGGUCUGUACCGACUACGCAAACAGCUAACCUUUUGGUCUGAUCUUAACGUCCCGCACAACCCGGUCAACUUCCGGAAGAAUGUGGACCCUUCAACUCACAUGGCUCGCAAAUUUCAAGAAUACUACAAAAAAUUCAAAGGACAGUACCCCUUUGUCGGAAUGUACCUCUUCACCAAACCGGUUGCCUUGGCCAUCGAUUUGGAGCUGCUGAAGUGCAUCUUUGUGAAGGAUUUCCAGUACUUUCACGAUCGCGGUACGUACUACAACGAGAAGGAUGAUCCCCUGUCGGCGCAUCUGUUCAAUCUGGAAGGCAAUAAGUGGCGCAAUUUGCGGAUGAAGAUUUCGCCGACGUUUACCUCGGGGAAGAUGAAGAUAAUGUACCCGACGAUGAUCGCUGCCGGGAAGCAAUUCAGCGACUACAUGGAGGAGAAAGUCGGAAAGGAAAACGAAUUGGAACUGAAGGAUUUGCUGGCUCGGUUUACGACCGAUGUUAUAGGAAUGUGUGCUUUCGGGAUCGAGUGCAAUUCUAUGACCAAUCCGGACGCGCAGUUCCGGCAGAUGGGACGGAUGCACUUCGAAGCGCCUAGGAAUAGGAAGAAGGAUAUACUGUGUUCGGUUGCUCCGGGGUUAGCCCGGUUUUUAGGAUUGAGGCAGAUUGUACCGGAGUUGUCGGAUUUCUUUCUGGGAGUGGUUCGAGAGACUAUCGACUAUCGGGUGAAGAAUGAUGUGCGAAGGAAUGACUUCAUAGAUUUGUUGAUUGGAAUGCUGACGGGAUCUAAUGUGGAACUUGGACCGUUGACAUUCAAUGAGGUAGCUGCUCAGGCAUUCGUGUUCUUUGUGGCGGGAUUUGAGACAUCGUCCACCACUAUGACUUGGGCAUUGUACGAAUUGUCUGUUAACCAGGAUAUUCAGGAGAAGGGACGAAAAUGUGUUCAGGAUGUUCUGAAUAAACAUAAUGGAGAGCUGAGCUACGAAGCAAUUAUGGAAAUGACCUACAUUGAUCAAAUUUUGCAAGAAACCCUCCGGAAGUACCCCCCGGUCCCGGUACACUUUCGCAUCGUGACCAAAGAUUACAAAGUUCCCAACACAGAAACGAUUCUUCCGGCAGGGACAUCAGUGAUGAUCCCAGUCUACGCUGUUCACCACGAUCCGGAAAUUUUCCCAGAUCCAGAGAAGUUCGACCCCAAUAGGUUCACACCGGAAGAGAUCAGCAAGCGACAUCCGUACGCUUGGACUCCAUUCGGAGAAGGUCCAAGGAUCUGCGUUGGCAUGAGAUUUGGCCUGAUGCAAGCCCGAAUCGGGUUGGCCUUGCUGUUGAAGAGCUUCCGAUUCACCAGUGGACAAAAGUCAACCGUACCGUUAGAUUUCACAGCGAAAAGCUUCAUCCUUUCGCCGGAGCAAGGGCUUUGGUUGAAGGUAGAAAAACUGUAGUUCCUGAAAAUGUUAUGUAUUUCAGUGAUAGAUACUCUAAUAAAACUUAACUUAAAACAGUA